CUCCUCCAUGUUUUGGCUCACCGAACUAUAAUCUUCUGUAAUUUUCCACAUCUCCGAUCUACUUCCUAGGGUCUUGCAAGGGUUUAUCUUCAAUCUUUUUCUUUUUUCUUAUUAUUAUUAUUAUUUUUUUUUUUCGAAUUCUCGGAUUCCCUCUCUUUCUCUCUCGCUUCUUUUCGCUUCCCCAAUUCUCUCGCUCAUCAAAACCCUAGCAACCUCUGCGUCGUCCGGGGCUUUGCGCUUUUGUCUUUGGCGUUUGCGAUGCUUUUCCCUAUCUCUUCCAAACUUUGUUCUUUUUUACGCUGAAGUUCGUUAAUCACUGGUAGGGCUCGAAAGAUUUGUUUCUUCUCGCCAGUUUCUUGAAUCUUGUGGCUUCUCUUUCACUUCCGCUUCGUGCACUGGAAAUUUUUUCACUCUAGGGUUUCUCGGUAACUGCUGAGAAUUUCUCUCUUCCUUUCCCUCGUUUGUCUCUGUUUGGUUGUCUGGAAAAAAGGUUUAAAGGUGGGAAAUUUAGAGAAGCGGAAGUUGGAUUUUGGUUAAUUUAGGGACGUUGGGAAGCUUAAUUUUCUCACUGGGUUCAUCUGGCUUAGUGGAGGUUUGCAGCGCGCUGGUUUUAGUAAGGUUAAUGAUGCGGGUUCAAGAAAUAGAUAAAUGAUAUGAGAAUUUGAAUAUGAGCCAUGCAGAUGCGAAUGGUACGAGAGUGAAUGAACAGCGAGGAGGCAAUAAGUCACAAAGACCUGGAGACGAUGAUUUUGGACGGGCGGUUUCAAGGGUUGCAGUGGCGCAGAUUUGUGAGAGCGUCGGGUUUCAGAGCUCCAAGGAGUCUGCAUUGGAUGCUCUCGCUGAUAUUGCAAUCAAAUACCUCUGUGACUUAGGAAAAUUGGCGAAUUUUUAUGCCAGUUUGACUGGCAGAACAGAGUGCAAUGUGUUUGAUAUCAUUAGAGGGUUGGAGGAUUUGGAGGCAUCGCAAGGAUUUCCAGGUGCUGCGGAUGUUAACCGUUGUCUUGCAGGGUCUGGCACAGUAGAGGAAAUUGUUUCAUAUGUUGGUUCUGCCGAGGAGAUUCCAUUUGCUCAGCCGGUGCCGCGGUUUCCGGUGAUCAAGAGUCGUAGCUUAAUUCCAAGUUUUGUAGAAAUGGGUGAAACACCCCCUGCCCAGCAUAUUCCCAUUUGGUUACCAGCUUUCCCUGAUCCCCAUACCUAUAUUCACACACCCAUGUGGCAUGAGAGGAGCUCAGAUCCUCGUUCAGAUAAGAUUGAGCAAGCUAGACAGAGAAGAAAGGCAGAAAGGUCUUUGUUGAAUUUGCAACAGCGGUUGGUCUGCAAUGGGUCAGUGGGAACGUCUGCUGCUGCUCCAGUGUCCUUGGGCAAUGAAGUAGCGGGAUUGAUGGGGGAUGAAAGAAAUCCAUUGCUUGAACCGCCUUUGCAACCAGGAGAAAGAGAUGUUUCUGCCGUUGUCUUACCUGCUAGGUUUUCAGAUAAUUUGACAGGAGAAAACCAUGGUUCUGUGCUGGAGGCAUUUGCACCUGCUAUUGAAGCAGCGAAAAAUGGGUUUUGUGAUGAUGGGGAAGACGAGAGAAGGGCUCUUCCUGACACGAGGCCUGCUGUUCAUUUCAAGUUCAAAACUGGCAAGAAGUUUUUAGGCGAAUGUUUGGAUUUGAGCCUUCAGAAGGGUGUUGGCAGAGCUGCAAAUUGGUUUGGAAGGGAUGAUGAAAGGGAUGACAAGAAGAGGAGAGCUGAAUAUAUUAUUAGACAUGCUAUGGAAAAUCCACAGGAACUCAACCAGUUGUAGAUUAAUUUUUCUGACCGACCUUUCUCAUGGAAAGAGUCUUCUUAGAAGUUGCUAUUAGAAAUGGGCUUUGGCUGCUCAAAAGUUGGAAGAGUAUGGUGCUAUUCCUCUUUGGAUAAUUCAGUAGUUACUCGUAGUCUUUUUCUAACAUUUUUUUUUCAGAGGCAUGUGAAUGAUCUUAUGUUACCGGGUCCUUAACUUGAGAACAAUUCUUUUGUAAUGAAUUCCUUAGCCUUUUUCCCUUUUUCUUUUUUCGUUUUUCUACUCCCGUUUUCUAUAUUCUAUAUAAGUUUAGGGUAUUCAUGUGGCUUUUUGCUUGCCACUAUCCUUUUUUUGUUUUUAUUUUUAUUUUUUAUUUUUUUAAGGUUAUGGAUAUGUUUCACAACUUCGCUCAUGAAUGCUUGACAUACUUAUGUAUAUAACAAUUACAGCUACAUUAUGUUAA